AUGAAGGUUCGUCUUGUGGCUGGCCGUGCCGAAGUGGCGGCGCGAAAGGCAGGGAAAAGAGUGCUUGGUGCUGUAGAUUCGGCCGAACAGGUCAUGAAAGAAACAUUGCGAUUCCUGCACCGUCGUAUCGGUGGGCCCCAAGGACGUUCAGGGGGUGCUCGCAUGCCAGUAGUUUGUUGGCCUUAUCUGCAUCUCGGUGUAAUGGUUGUCAGGAGUCAUUGGCUGCUCAACCCUGGAGUUACAGGAGCCCAGAGGAAUCCGCUUGCAGGGAUGCAAACCAUUGUCGGGGUCCUGUUCCAACCUCCAGCUAAAAUGCGCUAUGCGUGUCACCAACUCCUUCCUGUGCUGUUGCCACUACGUCUCGGACCAUUCCUCAGGGGACACAUCGGGAGCGAGCGACUGAGCAUCCCCGUGAAAGGCGUCAAGACCCGCUUCGAGGAUUGCAUUCUCUUGAAUACAGGCGCCACAAACGGCAAUGGACGAGUUAUUGUUGCGACUGUCUCGGAGAAACUUUAUUGA